AUGAUAGAUUCUCAAAGCAACGGAGUUUUCAAGUUUGACGUGCAUUUUGAAGCUUCCGGGUCAUCGCUUCAUCUUGCGCACCACCGAACACCCACCAGCCCUGCACUGGGCGAGGCGUUUCUGAAGGUGGACGCCCAGCACCUGGCGCUCAGAUCUUUUGAUGGACUGGCACAUCCGUUGAUUUCCACCUAUCAGGGCAUCACAAGCCUUGGCUUAGCACCUCAUGGGCGGGUAGAGCGAGUCUAUCCAGCAGGUCCUUUUCAUGUUCAGAAUCUGUCGAUUUUGCUCCAUCCGGACUUGGCUGCACCAGCAAUGAAAGCCAUGCAGAGGGGAGAGGUGCAGAUGUCGACGUGGACGCCUGACGGUCAUGAUCGCGCCAUCAUGAUUUGUCGCCCUAUCUUCACCUCCUAUGCGCCACCAGUCUUUCAGGAUGGCUUGAUGGUCGAUGUCAACGACACCAGGCACUGCAGCAACACCUCCAGUGGUGUUCCGGCGUGCUUCUGGGGAUUUGCCAUUAUGAUGUCUACCUUCGAUGAUCUUCUCAGGACGGUGGAGUUUUCCAACUUGGCGACCGGUGUGCAUCGGGUAGCGGGGUACUCGAACUUCGACUAUCACUUGUUGUAG